AUGCAAUCCACCACCUCGCUUUUCCGGACGUCACUCCGACGGACAGCUCUCCCGCUCGUCCGAGCUCGACCUUAUUCGGUCGGGACCGGAUCGACCGACGCUCAAGCUCAAGCUUCUUCUUCGGGUUCGCCUUCCCCUGAAGCCUCAUCUUCGGCUCAGCAAGCUACCGGCGACGCUUCUGCCUCGUCUUCCUCCACCUCUUCUUCCGGUCCCAAAUCCGAGCCUUCUACCAGCUCAACAACUUCAACCUCAACCUCAACCCAAACCCGAACCAGAUCUCAGAACCGCACGCCAAAGAUCCCCUCGACCUCGUCUACCGCAGAAUACGUCAGGGAGAACGGGAUCCCAGGAUUCUUGCCCCGUGAGAGUUUCGAAAAUGUAGAGAAGUGGGUGGGGGGACAUUGGGAGAGGUUGGAGGCGGAGAUGCAAUCCAACGAGACCUUGCGUAAUCUCCUGGCCAGUAAAUCGAGUCGAGGAUCCCGGUCGUCCACGGUGGACAUUGUCACCCUGUUGAGCGAGACGGCAAGGGAUCCGUCGUGUUCGGUCGCGUUCAACAGCGCGAGCUUGAUUCUGAACACUAGUUUCUUCUUGGAAAAGCUGAGGGUUGCGCAGGGGAGUAACAUUCCGGCUCAGAUGGAGCAUUUGGAGGACCAGCUCGUCGGUCGAGCAAGAGGUAUGGUCGGGGGUGGUUUCCUCUGGCUUGUGAAGAUGAAGUCCGCAUCAGGCAGCAAGAGCUUCCGAUACCAGAUCAUGCCCACUCACGCUGCGGGAACCUUGCUGGUCCGAAAUCGAAUGAUGCUCGGUCGAAACGCCCAGACCGAUCUCUUCCGCUCGGCCGGUGCUUCGGAUGAGUCACCUGACAACCACAUCUCUGGGUAUUCGGAACCCGCCUCGUCGGGUGUCACCAGCAACAUCGACCUGGCCCACCUCACCGUCACGCCGUUGGCCUGUGUCAGCUUGUUCGAGCACGUCUACCUGCCCAAGUAUGGUGUCAACGGAAAGGAGGAUUACGUGAGGGAUUGGAUCAGGCAUUUGGACUGGAGGUCAAUCGAGAAGAACUCGAACUAG